AUGGCUGCCUCCUCGUUUCCGAUAAUCCCACUUUUACUUCCUUUUCCUUAUGAUGAUCAUCAUCAUUACCCAAUUUCCCCCAAAACUACCACUUCUACAACUCAUAGCCCAAGUGCCCACGAUAGGGAAGAAGUGGAUGAUGAUGAAGACACUCUUUCGCUGUGCGAUCUUCCUCUCCACAAUAGCAACGGCAUCAAUCAUCCUGCAGCAGCGGCAUCUCCUGAUCCUAAUGACAAUGAUGACGAUGAAGAUGGGUUCGAGUUCUCGAGGGAGUACUCAUUCACAGCUGAUCAUCUUCUCCGUCUUGAUUCUACUACCAAAGACAACAACAACAAUGGUAAUAGUACAAUCGUCUUCUGCGGGAAGCUCAUUGCUCACAGACAAUUAGCAGUAGCCCAACAACAAAAACAGGAACAAGACAGAGUAGUUGUAUUGGUGAGCAAUGAGAAGAAAAGGAAGCAGGAAGAACAGGGUAAGAAGAAGAAGCAGAGAAUGAAUUUCCCCUGGAGUAUGAAAUCAUUCUCCUCCUCUUCCUCCUCCUCCUCCUCCUCCUCGUCAAAUUCAUCAUCUAACUCGUCUUGCUCGUCGCCGGUGAAGAAGAAGAAGAGUGGCGGUGGGAUAGCUGGGAGAUCGAGUUCAAGAGGGUAUCUCUGCUUGGCGUUUGGGAUGGAGUGGAAGUUCCCGGUGAGGAGUAUGGAUCUCAAAGAUAUAAAGCGGCGGCAGAGCCGCCGGAGCUCCAUCAGCCUUGAUUUUGAUGUUUCGACGUCAUCGGCGUCGUCUUCGAUGCUGCCGGAUGAUAAUUCCACCGCCGUCGGUGCUAAAUCUGGAAAGGGUUUGUGGUGUUUGAUUAGGGUUUUGGCCGGCGCUCGCCCUUGA